UCUCUCUCUCUCUCUCUCUCUCUGUGUCAGUGUGUUGUGAUUGUUCUGUUUGAGCUUUUGUGUCAGCUUUGCAGCAAUUUCCGAUUUCAAUGGUUUUGUUUCUACACUGUCUUUUUUAAUCCCAUCGAUAAAUUUCUGUUCUUUUACCCAUUUUUUUUUACUCAUAGUAUUUGAUUUGAUUCGAGUAAGGUGAAAUAUUUCUGAGAAAAUCAGACACAAAUCCGAGAAAAUCUUCGAACAGCUAGCUUUCCAAAUUGGCAGAUUUGAGGAAAUUUUUGUCUCUAAGAAUUGAAAAUUUCAAAAAAGAGAAAGAAUCGUAAAACGAGACAGCGUUGUGUUCGAACGAUCAAUCCCUGUCUUGUGCGCAUGUAUGUAUGUUUCUUCUUCAUCUUCUGCUUUUUUUCUCUCCUUUCUCUGUCUCCGAUUCCGUGCGAUUCCACUUUGUCUAUUAUACGCCGUGUGCCAGCGCAUUUUAAAGUGGGUUUGGUACAGGUUAGCGAUGAGUUGAUUAAAGUAGAAUAAACGAUUGCCGCUGAUUCUCAGUGACUGGUCGGUGGGUAUGCCGGAUUGAAAAAGGAAAUCCUUGGCAGCGACUAGAGUUAUGUACAUAUUGCUUAGGUUCCCGAGUUUGGUGGGGAUUAUAAUUCAUAUAAAAAACUUGGAUAUAGUUCGUCUCUAAACAAUUGGGACAAAAGUUUAAUAAGACAAGAGAUAUUGUUAGACCAAAGACAUGUUGAUGCACAUUCUUAAAAUUGAGUCAUAAAAAACAUUAUUAUGAAUAAAAUGAAAAGAAGUGGUGAAAAAUUAUGUUUAUGUUUUGUUUGUUUGUUGAUUUAAUCAUGUGAUCAUUCAAAAAUUAACAUCCGAAUCCUUUAUAUUACCUCUUUCCUUGAAUAAAUAGAUUUAUUUUUUUUCUUUUUAAUUUGGACAAGAUUCCCUUUGGUGGCAAUUCGAAAUCACUCAAUUAGACUUUGCUACUUAAUUGUUCUUUUCAAAAAUGAUUUUAUUUCAACAUUUUAUUGUACACAAACUAUUUUUUCUGAUGCCUAUCUCUAAAUCUAGCUCAUUACAUGUAAAUCAGUGGGUUGUAUUUAACUAUUUUAUGGGUUGUAUGCAUGGCUGAUAAUCAAGCAAAGGUGCGACUCGUUUGAGAUAAGUUGAAUUUGAAUAAAUUUUUAGAUUCAUUUAAAAAACAUAAGCUCGAUGGGCUCUGUUGAAUUGUUAACUCGGAUGUUAUGAAUUAUAUUCUUUUAUUGGGGGGUUGAUUUUUUCCCUGUGGUGUUCUCUGUUUUUUUCUUUCUUUGGCAAGACAAUGCUUUCGGUUUUAGUGUAAAAAGUACUCUCUGAAUUCUUGUUUUAUUAUGCUUGAAAGUAACUAGAACUUAUUCAUCCACUUCUGCUAUUCGAUAAUUUCUUUGCCUUCCUUAUCUGCCAUUUUAUAAAGGGUUUUAGGGAUUGUUUUAUUAUGCUUAAAGGUGACCAGAAUGUUAUUCCUCCACUUUUUGUUAUUCCAAAAAUUUCCUUACCUUUGCUUCAAUAUUAUAAAGGGUUUAGGAAUUGAAGAAAACAGAACGCUACUGAAAGGCCAAAGAAGCUUCUUUUCUGCGUCGACGAAACUUUUUUCUUCAAACUACUACUUCUUAUUCACUUGAUAAAAUCCCAGGUUUUCUGAGUGUGUAGUUGUGCUACAAAGUUUGAUGUCUGUACCGUUGGAACAUGAUUACAUCGGCUUAUCAGAGACUUCUUCAAUGGAAAGAAGCUCUGACAAGACUUCAUCUUCUUCUUCCUCAACUCUCACAAGUGAGUAUGAGAACAACAAUGUUCUCAACCUCAAGGAAACUGAGUUGAGACUUGGGUUGCCGGGUAGUGAGUCUCCUGAAAGGAAGGGUGGACUGGGGAUGUCUCUUUUUGGGAAAGAUUUGGAGGAUGAGCCUGAUGGGUAUUUGCUUAGCCAUCUCAAGAACUUUGUCUCUGGGGCUAAGAGGGGUUUCUCUGAUGCUAUUGAUGGGUCUGAAAAAUGGGCUCUCACUAUGAAUGGUGGAUCUGAGGUUGAUUUGGCCAAAGGUGCUGUUUUGUUCUCUCCUAGAUGUGGGAAUAAUCUCUUGGAGAAAAACAAUACUCACAAGUCAUGUUUGGCUGGCCCUGCUAUGAAAGAUGCUGGUGUUCCUUCUCCACAAAAGCCUAUUGAAGAGAAGAAGACCUCUCCCUCAAAUGAUAAUAGUAGUGCUCCUGCUGCUAAGGCACAGGUGGUAGGAUGGCCACCAAUUCGUUCUUUCCGAAAGAACACCAUGGUCACCAAUUUAUCGAAGAACAGUGAUAUCCCUGAUGAGAAAUCAGGAUCAGGAUGCAUUUAUGUGAAGGUUAGCAUGGAUGGUGCUCCAUACUUGAGGAAGGUUGACCUCAAAACCUACUGCAACUAUGCAGAACUUUCAUCCGCUCUAGAGAAGAUGUUCAGCUGCUUUACCAUUGGGCAGUGCGGUUCUCAUGGGCUUCCAGCACGAGAGGGACUUAGUGAGAGUCGCUUAAUGGAUCUUCUCCAUGGCUCUGAGUAUGUGCUAACAUAUGAAGACAAGGAUGGUGAUUGGAUGCUUGUUGGUGAUGUUCCUUGGGAGAUGUUCACAGGCUCAUGCUCGAGAUUAAGGAUCAUGAAAGGCUCAGAGGCAAUUGGGUUAGCUCCGAGGGCCAUGGAGAAGUGCAAGAAUCGAAACUAGCACAUUAGUCACCUGCAAAACAUCAGAAGCAUUUUCAUUAAAACGCCAAAGGGUGUUAAGUUUGCUUUCUGCUCCAGAAUCUUGUAGUAGUUUAGAUUUGUAGUAUUUCAUGGAUGAAAAACUUCCUUCUAGGCAGAAGACAUAACCGGAGAAAUCCAGAUGUAUGAUUGUUGUAUCAUCUCUGAAUACGUAUUUUUGUACUUAAACUAUGUGUAAAAUGAAGUGCUUGCUAUUGAAGGUAGAUGAAUGUUUUGAACCCU